AUGCCUUACAACAUAGACUCGUCGGCCAUGGCCUUUCACAAGUUCAGACCACCACAGCUGUGGCAACGGAGGAAUUUCACCACCUCGCGUGCUCCCCCUGAAGCUUCGAAGGCCCAGAAGGACGAAGACGUUUUUGACAGCGUGUCCCUCAGAGUUGACAACACAAAAUCAUUGAACAUCGGAUUCGUGGAAAAAUCCACAAUUGCCAAGAAAGAAAUCACCAGGAUUGAGAUGAUUGGGCAUCCACGGGACCUGAUCACUUCUCUAACGGAUUCUCGAAAGGCGGCAGAGAAGCAGCUGACGGACUUGACUGGGUUGAGUCUUUGGAGUGUGACCUUCACCUUGGGCACUCUCCUGCUGGAGAACAAAAGAAUCCUCAAGGGCAAGAAUGUUCUUGAAUUGGGCUGUGGGACGGGCAUGUUGGGCUUGAGCGCUGCAGCGUGUAGAGCAAAAUCUGUGGGGAUAGAUUCCAAUCGAUACCUUGAUAUUGAAGGUGGUGCAGGUUUUGUUGACCGACAGGUGCUUGCAGGGUGCGAUGUGGAAACAAGGCAUCUCGAGCUAAAGCUUGAUUCGAACCAAGACGCUGCGACGAAUACUUUCGAUGUCAUCCUAGGCAGUGAACUGAUUCACUUCGGACUGGAUAGAAGGCACAAGUUGAACACAGAUGAAGGGGAAAACCUAACAAGCAGCCGAUUCGACGCAAUUUUCUCGACAGCCUCGCAGUACUUGUGCGUCUCCAAGGUGACAGGGAUGCAGCACUCAACCUUGGUGGACAGGUCGGAAUCAGGUUUCAUCCUGCUCUCUUUCAAGAUCAAUCCCAACUACAUUCAUACCAUCUCGGGACCACAGUUUCCAACUGGAUGGAAUUACCGUCAAGGAUACAUCGACGAAGUCACUGGAAGCGGCAAGAGGUACGGUUUGUCGGCGGUGAAGUUGAUCCCCUUGUCUGUCCUUUUCAACGAGGAUCGCGAGGAACUGAUGGGCAAGAAGAAUUUGAAAGAUUUUCUGUGCGUCGUUGCCGCUCGUUCCCAGAAGGCUCUGAGUUCUGCUUUGCACCAGUUUCCUAUGGAACCGUUGGAAUGA